UUCAUGGAGCUGCGAUUCCUGAUUCUUUUGGGACUUACAAUUACAUCCAGCGCAGGUUUCCCACUUCCAGUCUCUCACUCCUUGCUGCCCCCAGGGGGUGGCAGCAGCAGCAGCAGCAUUCGUGGGCUGAGGUCUCCGGGGCUCCGGGAGAGAGAGAGUGACGAAAACGAGGCACCGGCAGGGGAGGUGCUGUCGACCAAGAGCGGCAACACUACUGGCACGGUGAAAGUGGCUGGCCCGGGAGACGUGCACCGCCGAGCCAAGCGCUGUACAUGCUACACCUACAAGGAUAAGGAGUGUAUUUAUUACUGCCACCUGGACAUCAUCUGGAUCAACACGCCAGAGAGGACUGUUCCCUAUGGGUUGACUAACUACAGGGGUAGCUUCCGAGGCAAGAGGUCUGCGGGGCAACAUCGCGGGAGCACGCUUUCGUCAAAAUGGCCUCCGUCGCGCUGCUCGUGUACAGACGGAUGCGACAAACAGUGCGUUCGUUUUUGCAAAGGGCCCAGGGCAGCCAAUGUAAUAAGGAGCUGCUGA